GCGCCGCGACAGCGCGCCAGUGCAGUGUUUGCGGUACGGUCGGUGCGGUGAUGCAUGCAUGACGGGUACAGUUUUCGAUAAUGGCGCACUCAAACGGUACUGAAGACUUUGAAGUAACAAAGAUUGUCAAGCAGAGGAGAAACAAAAAGGGUAAGCUGGAAUACCUUGUCCGAUGGAAGAACUAUGGCUGUGAGGACGACACGUGGGAGCCCGUGGAAAACCUGCGGAACUGUAUGGACCUCCUGGAUGCCUUCAGUGAGCGCAAUUUGAGAGAGAAGGGACCCUUCUGGAAAGGCUCCCCACCACACAAAAAGCCAAACUCGUCUAAGCAGAGGGACCCAAGCAGGGCCAAGAGGGAUUCCAAGAGUCACAUGACAUGCAUGAGGACUGAUUGGGAGGUCUGCCAAAACAGCAGAGCUCCAGCCAAGAGGAAGAACCCCUUUCAGGAUGCCUGCCAGGUGGUUCUCAAGAAGGAGAGAAUGUUCCCCAAUGGGGACCAGCAUUACACCUGCAACGGAGUAUCUGAUCCAUCCCCAUCCUCUGUGUCAUCCACUUCAGGAUCUUCUUCAACUGAUAUUAAGCUUUCCAGCCUGACUAAUAACAAACAUUUCCACAGGCCAAGGUCCAUGUCCUGCAUGGGCUAUGAAAACCCUGAGGCAUCUGUUGAUGAUAUCAAGGGCAGUGAAAGUGCCAAAAGACGUCGGGUGAACAGUCUUCUAGACAUUGGAAACAGUGAUCUUCUGAAUACAGGUAAAUCUUUGGACACGCCUACCACCACUCCGCCCAGCACUCCUACAAACAGCGAUGCCCAGCUGGCCCUCACCCCUCUGCUCACCCCAAUCGUCAAACUCCACGACCUGAAAGCGGGAGGUAGCUUCAAGCUGCCCUCUCCAAAGUCCCUCCUGUCCACCGAGAAGUUCAUCAGGGCCAGGCUAAGCCGCAAGGACCGAGAGGACAAGUAUGCUGAGAACUUUGCCCCACGGAGGUUUUCGCAGUCCAGCGUGAGCAGCGAAGAGGAAGAUGAGACCAAGAGGAGGUUCAGCACCAGGCAAUGCGACAACAUCUUCAAAUAUAAGGAGAUUGUCGUCAAGAAGCACCCAGGGUACACCCAAGUUUGGUUUUUCACAAAUUCUCCCGCAAGGAAUGCGCUCAAUGUCAAGGCCUUGCAGGAGCUUACAGAUGUCCUUGAGAAAUCAACCAAAGAUGAAACGAAAGCACUCUUGCUUACUGGAUCCGGGAAUAUAUUCUGCACUGGGCUGGACCUGGAAAAGUUACUAGUCACAGAACAAAGGAGGAGACAUGCCAAAAAGUUAGCUGAGGCAUUACGGGUGUUCAUCAAUGCACUGAUCAACUACCCCAAGGUCAUCGUGGCUGCUGUCAAUGGCAAGGCAGUGGGCCUUGGAGCUGCCAUCCUUCCCCUAUGUGAUAUUGUCUACAGCAGUGACAAGGCAGAGUUUCACCUCCCUUAUGCAGCCAUGGGCCAGCCUCCUGAGGGCUGCUCUUCCUUCACCUUCCCCAACGCCAUGGGUCUUCCAGUGGCAUGUGACCUCUUGUACAGCGGCCGCAGGAUGACUGCCCUGGAAGCUUGUGCGUCGGGUCUCGUCUCCCAGGUGCUUUGGCCAACCAGCUUCAUGAGUGAGGUCAUCCCCAGGGUCAAGGUCAUCGCGAACAGUUCAUGCAAGACCCGAGCAGGGACACCGCCAGGAUCUGGCAAGGACCCUGUCUCUUUGGUCAAUCGCUGGCCUGGCAAACCAGCCAAGACUCCUGAGGGGGUACCCCAAGUGGACAUCUUCCGGGCCCGCCUUACCAUCAUCGCACGGCACGCCUUCCAACCUCCAAUGGCCCAGAGGAACCCAUGUGGGGUUCCAGCCAGCACUCCCCUGGCGACUCCGAAGAACACCAGCCGGUCAUCAUCAGCCACGAAGACUACCUCUCCAGCAGUUUCUGCGCGUACGCCCAGGUAUCGAAGCCACUGGGUCGGGCUCCCCACAAAUGCCCGGACUCACCCUGCCUGGUGCACCACCGAGCCACGAUACCCCGCAGCCUGGCAAUUCUUGUCGAGCCCCAUGGAGCCUCUUGGGCUUUUACGCCGCCGGGGCUUCAAACCACUGAAGCCCAUUCAAGGCUCGGGCUUUCAACUGGGCAUCACAGGGUCAUCGGACCUAAUCUCUCCUGGUCCUUCCGCCCGGAACUCUACAGUUCCCGCCGACCUUGACCGGGAACGCUCCCUGGGUGUUCCGCCGCCCACUGCCUCGUCUACUGUCUCCGUUGUCAGGUCACCCGCUACCGGAAAAUGCAAACAUUCCCCCUCUUCAUCGAGUUCUUCGAAAUCUAAGAAGAGACACUGCUUCGAUCAGGGGCCUAAUUCUGAGCAGUGGAUGUCGGCCUUUCUAUCCAUUAAUGAAGCCCUGACUUCUAUCGCUUGUCGUCUAGACGACAGACCACCACCAGCCCCCACCGCUCCGGACCCGUUCCUGGCAGACCAGACCCUUCCACCUCCUUCGGCUGCAAGUCAAUAUGACACGGGACAGGGUUUUACACCGGACUCGCAACAGCAGGGCGUUUCUGAGCCGUCAGAGCGGGCCGUCUUCAAUGAGGGCACCCGCGCCUUGGAGCGAGUUACGGCUCUGUCUCCAACUGCACAACCAGCAUUUUCUUCGGAUGAGGAUGAAGUUGGCUCUGUCGACACCCUCGCUCUGUUUGAAGGCCACCUUCAGCUCCUUCAGCAGGACAUGAUUCAAGUGCUCGGCCUGCCAUCAGCCAUUCCGCUCGAAGAGGACGCUAGCCACGGCUUGUUCAAAUGCCAUACGGCUUGA